GAGCCUACCGUCUACCGAUAUAAACACGGUGGUUGGGGUUUCCUGAGCCUCAUAGGAGAUCUCGGGUUCGAGCAUUUUAGUCUUCAUUUUUUCUUCCAUUUCCUUCUCCACCAUCUUCUUCUACUUGAAAUCGCUGGUACCAUGGAUCCUUCUUCUGGCCAUGGAAAGCGUCGUUUUGCUCCUACACCAAAAGCUUCUAGAAGGCCCAACAGCUCUGCUCCCAAAACAGAAGAAGAUGAUGAAGGAAAAAAGGCUGAACAGGCCCAGAGUCUUCUCAACAGUUUCUUCGCAACUCGCACCCGGCAAGGACCUAAAGUCGAAAAGAAAUCUUCAGUGCAAGUUGCAUUUGGUCCUGAAGCCAAAUCACCAAGCACGACAAGGUCUAUCAGCCUUCAUAGGGAUGGGAAUGGUGGCAAAAGCACUGAACCUGGACUGCAAGAUUCUGGAUCUAAUGAUGGACAAAAUAUUUUAUCUCUGCCUCCAACUAACAAAGAAGAUGGAACUGAUGCAAAUUCCUUGGAUGCAGUUAAUACUUCAGUUCAAGAAGCAAAGAGUAGUUACAAGGAACCUUGGGACUACCACAACUCCUACUAUCCUACUGUUCUUCCUCUGAGAAGACCUUUUUCUGGGGACCCAGAACUUCUUGAUGAGGAAGAAUUUGGGGAGGCUGCAAGAAAACAAGAGUACGAUGAGAAUACUACUAAUCCUGCUUUAGGUCUUGGGAUGCUGGAGGAAUGCGAUAAAGAAAGGAUAUUCUUCUUUCAGCUUCCACUUAAUCUGCCCCUAACCAAGCCAUCUGCUAGCAGAAAGGGGAAAGAGAAAGCUGAAGGCUCAAUUCCAGGUGGUCGGAAGAAUUGUGGUUUGGAAGACUUACCAGGAGGAUACAUGGGCAAGAUGUUGGUCUACAAGAGCGGGGCAAUCAAGAUGAAACUGGGCGAUGUUCCGUAUGAUGUCUCACCUGGAUCAGAUUGUACAUUUGCUCAAGAUGUUGUGGCAAUCAACACAAGAGAGAAAUACUGUUGUGCUGUUGGAGAGCUGCGCAAGCGCGCUGUCGUUACACCUGACAUUGAUUCCAUCUUAAAUUCGACAAAUGACUCGAACAGAGAGCGAUGAAGUUACUGGCAACGCUCAACGUUGCUUAUGAAAACUGAAUGUCCAUAAACAUGUGAAGCCAUUGUGAAAUGUGGAGUUAGACUAUUACAGCAACGCUAGGUAGAGGGUAGAGCAUGUGAUGUAAAGCUUCUUUAGGGAUUUAACUCUUGGUAGUUUCUUCAGUCAGUUGGAUCUUAUGAAAAAAAGAAACUUUUAGUCACUAUUUUGGGUUGGAGGAUAGUUCAUUUGAUCCUUGUGGUGUAGGUGUUCUUAUUACUGUACAAAUGACGGUGCCAAUAGGUCUAUAUGAAUUUGAGUAUAAUGAUAGUCCUUUUAACCUGA